AAAAUAAAAUUAUUAUUAUUAUCACUAUUAUUAUUAUAUAAGCAUACUUAAACUUAUACCUAUAAAUAGCAAAAUCAGAGUAAUUGAUUUAGAAUCUAAAGUUGUCUCUUAUUUUUUUUCAGCGCUGUAUAAUACAGUAUAUAUUAUAAUGGUGUCGGAACCAUUGGUUGAACUGGAGAGCGCUUCCAGGGGGAGGGAUUAACAGGCUGCAUGCAGAGUGUUGUGGGUGUGAGGCGGUUGUUGGUUGGAGGACGGUGAUCUUUCCCGGGGUUUCUGCGGGCUGAGUGAAGGAGUGGAGUGGCCGAAACACAGAGGAAACAGAACCCUGAUGGCUUCUGGCAUCAGGAAUGAAGGCUUCCUCAAAAAUGUAAAAGAAUCUUUCCAUAGUUUGCUGAGGCUGGUGCCUCGUGGGCUGACCCUAGGACCAUCUCUGGCUAAAGAUGGGCAAAUGGGGUUAUGGUGGGUGGGACAAACGUUAGCGAAAGGCACUUUGUUGGGUCUGGAAGAGCCAGAAAAUGUGCCUCACGGUGGGAAAAUAGAGAAGGGACAUAACAUGGAAGCUUGCCAGAAAAUGGAUCAAGGACAAACAGACAGAGCAUUCUGGAUAAGGUUUGCCUGUAAUUCUGCGACUGAAGAGGAGAGAAAUGUCCUUGUGCACAAGGUGGAUGGGAAGCUGUGCCUUAGGACUUGUAAAGAUUUGAGCCCAGGAACGGAACUCCUGGUGUGGCCAGAGCAGAAUAAUGAUCUGUCUCAAACUGUGAAGCUAGAAAAACCCUGCAAAGAGAGCACACCAUGUGGGCUGACUGAGGAUAAAACCACAUGCCCUGGCCCAAUGGAACAAGACUCAAAAAGGGAAUGUGAAGAAUCAGUGGUGAAGGACCCUACUGACAACUCAGAAGAGGCUCAGAAAACAACACAUCCUAACAUUCAGAGGAAGAGGCCACUAAUCUCAAGUGUAAAAAAUAAUCCUGUGCGCUCCUCUCAAACCGUGGAAACUGGUAAUCUGGGACAGACUGCUUUGGAUGACAAAACAGACAAUGACCAGCAAGAAGCAGAGGAUAAAUCUAGUCCUGGGGUGCUGUGCAGCAUCCGAGAAUCCAAUUCUCAGGAACAGCUUAAAGGAGCUGAGAGAGCCAGCCCUCGCCUGGCAGCUAAACCUCGCAAAGUCCACUCGCUAAGCAGGUGCAUGCACAGGCGACAGCAAGCAAAGCUGACAAAUGCGGCUUCUGCCUGUGUUGAUAAAAAGAUGCUGACUACAGAAACUAGCACUGGAAGUGGAUCAGCUCUGGGAGAAAAAAUCCUCACUGAAAAUUCUAACUCUGAUGAGAAGCAAUCUGGUCUGGUAUGGAUAGAAAAGGAGGGUUCACCAGAACUCUUACGGUUCAGCCCACGAGAGCGGAACUACAAGUGUGACCUGUGUGCUAAAAGUUUCUUUCAGCUGUGUCACCUAAAGAAGCACAAGUUCACGCACUCCGAGCUGAAGCCUUAUGCUUGCACAGAGUGCGACAAAACCUACAGCUCCCAGGAGAGUUACCGUGCACAUUUGCUUAUGCACCGUGGACAACGGCCUUUUAAGUGCCAGCAGUGUGACAGAAGCUACGGGCUCAAACGUGACCUCAAGGAGCACCAGGUGCUUCAUACGGGUGAAAAACCCUUUGUUUGCGAUGUUUGUGGCAAGGCUUUCGCACGCCGGCCUUCGCUGCGAAUCCACAAGGAAAUCCACAGAGCCAAAGAAGCGGACUACCAAGCACCAAAGAUCAAAUGCACUAAGUGUGGCAAAGAGCUGGCAAACCGGAGCUCCCUGAGGAAUCACAUGCGAUUGCACACAGGCGAGCGGCCGUACGUCUGCUCCGACUGCGGCAAGAGCUUCCGCCAGCGCGGCAAUCUGCAAAGCCACCUGCGCAUUCACACUGGAGAAAAGCCAUACAGGUGCAAGCACUGCGACCAAACCUUCUCGCAGGUGCCGGAGCUGCGUCGGCACCUCAUUUCCCACACAGGUGAGGCAUACCUGUGCCCAGUGUGUGGCAAGGCACUGCGCGACCCUCACACCUUGCGAGCCCAUGAGCGCCUACACACUGGCGAAAGGCCUUACAAGUGCGAGCAGUGCGGAAAAGGGUACACGUUGGCCACUAAGCUGCGCAGGCAUAUGAAGUCCCACCUGGAUGAGAAGCCACACAAGUGCGAGACAUGUGGAACCAGAUUUACGCUUAUGCAGAGUCUACAGCGCCACCUACAGUCCCACCAGAAAAUAACUAAGAAAGGACAUGCAGCGCCAGCCAGGGGUAGACCUAAAAAGAUGACUCCUAAAAAGAGAGGUGGACAGUCAGGUCAUUGUCAAGGCAAGAAGAAAAAAGAAGAAGAGGAAGGUGUGGUUUAUGUGCAAGCCCUAGCAGAGAACUGCAGAGAAGGUGCUGAAGUUUUUGAAGAAGGGCCAGAACAAAUUGAGCUUAGUGAGGACAUUGUAGAAAUUGUUGUUUCAAAUGGCAGCAACAAGUGUAUCAUGGUUCAGGAACUGGAAGCUAAUGCUAAGUGCAUUGUUUUACGGGAGGAUGAAGAGAAUAAGAAAUGCAUAAUUGUACAAGAAGAGAUUAAUAAUAAUAGUACCCUGGUCAUUAUGCAGGACCAUGAUGAUCCUAACUCAGUGGCAGAAACUGUUGAAAUCGAUUCAGCCACCCAAGACUGAACAUGUUAAGCUCAUUGUGACUAUUAGUGUGUCAUUUGAUUUGAAGGUUAUUUUGCAGUGGUAACAUCUGCGUUAGAGACAUCAGUAAAUAUUGACUUAUCUGCCCACUGGACCUUGUCAUCACUGUUUGUUCCAGAUCUGAACAGGCACACUGCUGGUAACGAAUAUGUCAGGAACAUGCUGAUUAUUGGUGAUACUGUUAUCUUAUUAUGAGUCAAAUCAUGUUUAAAUUAUAUUUUUUAAGAAAAAAUAACAAUGAUGAAAUAUUAAAUUAGAGCUGGGGUGAAAUAUCAUGAUUAAUAUAUUAUGUCACAGUAUUUAAAGUAGAGCUGGAGCCAAGAGAUUUUGUCAUAUAGGUAUACAUUUUCUUAUUGUAUUGACAAUAUGCUUUUUUAAAGCAUAUCGAGGAUAUCAUCAGUGGUUAAAGAGCAUUGAGAAAAAUGUGCAUUACAUUACAGAGAAACAACCCAGUUUGAUUGGAUGUAAAACUCUGUGUAUUGUGAAAGUCUAGUAUCAUGGUAUAAUAUUUUUUACCAAAUAAUCAGCGCUUGAUUAUUUACACCACGGGUGGUGGAAUUUAUACUGUUAAUAUUGAUAUCAGAAUUAUAUCGCAUUAUAGAAAUGAAGAAAUUUAAUGUGAUAUCAAGUAAUUUAAAGACAUUUUCAAAACAUGCAACAUUUAUCACAUCAUUUGUCCCUAUGUUUUGUCACAAAGACAAAAAGCAUCAACAU